AUGUCUGCUACAUUGAAAUCUCAACAAAACUUAUCAGCUAAGCGCAUUUCAACUCAAAAUAUUACGUCGCCCAAUCAAACAUCCCUUUCUUCAGCUCCACCUCUUAAAACACUUCCGCCUCGGCCAAACAUUUCUCAACUUGAAAAUUUCGCAAUGAGUGCCUUGGCACCAAGCAUGGCAGUUGUUUUUACUUUGCCAUUCGAUACUGUCAAGGUUAGAAUGCAACUUCAAGGUGAAGUAAAAAUUGUUAAGGAUUUUUCCGGAAAAACAAUCCGGGUUGUUGCUGAAAAGGUUUACAAGAAUAGUCUUGAUUGCCUGUUAAAGACUUAUAAGUUUGAAGGAAUGCGAGGUCUUGAAAAAGGUCUUAUGCCUUCUAUUCUAAAAGAAAGUUCUAAAAACGUCUUUCGAUUGGGCCUUUAUGAUCCGAUCCUUUCGAUUAUGCAUCCUACGGAUGAUUCAAAUUCUACAUCUUCGGCACCAGCUUAUAAGAGAAUGAUUGCCGGUGGCUUAUGUGGUGCUAUGGGGGCUGUUAGCGCAAAUCCAUUUGAAUUGGUAAAAACUCGUUUGCAAAGUUCAGCCGCGGGUGCUAUUGCGGUUGGUAAUCAAUACGGAUAUUCUUCAAUAUCGUCCGCUCUAUAUAACAUUAUGUCUAAAGAAGGUGGAAUUCGAGGCUUAUAUCGUGGGUCAAUGAUUUCCGUAUAUCGAGGAAUUGUGGGGAGUGCUGCAAAUUUGUCUUCCUACACUAUGUUGAAAGAUCGUGCUAAGAGAGAAGGAUUUAGUGAGGGUAUUCUUCUAGAUAUGGAAUGUAGCUUAAUAAGCGCGUUUAUUAGCGUUAUUUUCAUGAAUCCUUUAGAUGUUGU